CGCGGCGCGUCCGUCAAUUGAAUCUUCGCGGUGUUUACAUUUGUGUGAAUUUGGGAAAUUGUGCGGAAAAGGGAUGAAAAUCGCCGUGGAAGGAUGCGCUCAUGGGGAGCUGGAGAAAAUAUACGACACCAUUGCCCAUAUUGAGAGUGAGAAGGGCAUUAAAGUGGAUCUCCUGAUUUGCUGUGGAGAUUUUCAGUCCACGAGGAAUCUCGAAGAUCUCAAUUGCAUGGCGGUGCCGCCAAAAUAUCGUGACAUCUGCACGUUUUACAAGUACUACAGCGGUGAGAAAACAGCCCCAAUCCUCACAAUAUUUAUUGGUGGGAAUCACGAGGCGUCAAACUAUCUUCAGGAACUUCCUUAUGGCGGUUGGGUGGCGCCAAAAAUUUACUAUCUCGGCUACGCCGGCGUCAUUUCCGUCGCUGGCAUCCGGAUAGCCGGACUGUCGGGCAUCUACAAGUCCCACGAUUACCAUCGAGGACACUUCGAGAUGUCUCCCUACACAGACGGCACGGUUCGCAGUGUUUAUCACAUAAGGAACCUGGAAGUGUUCCGGCUGAAGCAGCUCUCAGGGCGUCUGGACAUCUGCCUGUCUCACGACUGGCCACGAGGAAUCUACCAUCACGGCAAUGCCGAGCAGUUGAUGCGCUUCAAGCCCUUCUUCCGCGAGGAAAUCGAGAGAAAUUCGCUGGGCAACGAAACUUGCGAGGAACUCCUGAAUCACCUGAAGCCGGAUCACUGGUUCUCCGCUCAUCUGCACUGCAAAUUCUCAGCGGUGGUGAAGCACGAGGAGGACAGGAUGACAAAGUUUCUGGCCCUGGACAAGUGCCUGCCGAGGAGGAGAUUCCUGCAGAUUCUCGACAUUCCGUCCGAAGGAGACUUAAAGCUCCACUACGACCUCGAGUGGCUCACGAUUCUCGCCCUGACCAAUCAUCUGCUGAGCGUGAAGCACGUCCCGAACUACAUGCCAGGUCCUGGCGGAGCAGAGCGCUUCAGCUUCACCCCGACUGAGGAGGAAAAGACAUUUGUUCAAGAGAAAUUCAGCGGGAAUCUGGAAAUUCCUGAGAACUUCGUGCCCACUGUGGUGCCUUUUGAUCCCUCAAACAGCCAGAGGACAUUCAAUCAGCCUCAGGCGGAGAUAAAUCCCCAAACCACUCUCUUCUGCGACACCAUGGGCAUCGACGAUCCCCUGAGAUUGCUGAUGAUGCUCAAAAAGCAGCCUCUCAAUCUCGGAAGCGCCGUGGAAAUCCCUCCCAGGAACGAUGAGAGCAUCUGCACGGGGGAAGAUGAGGAUGAGGAGGAAGCUGUGCCAGAAGAACCUCCGGCUGAAGAGGAAAACGAUACUUUCGUGAGCUUCAGCACGACGGACAAUCUCAUGGAGACUUCGAGUGAGAAUGUCAGCGUCACGCCACCAGUGAAGAGAUUCCGCGGUCGAAACCAGGCUCUCUACAAUGCGCCAGAGGAAAGCUAAAUGAAUUGUGCAAUUUUGGCCA